AAUUCUGCAUUCAGUGCAUUGCGCGCAUUACUCUUGGGCAGGGAAACACAGAGCCAUGUCGACCACUUUUACAAGUGGAGAAGAAAGUGUAGAGAGCUCUAUAGACCACUCGCAGAUACCAAUGGACCAAGAGAAAGUUGAUGGUUGCCUUUUAUCAGUGGAUGAUGAAGGGUACGAGACUCCAGGGAAGAAACUCCCUCCUUUAGUUAAACACAACAAAGCCACUGCCAAGGACUGCAAUAAGAAGCUUCCGGAAAAUGGCGGGAGUGAUGUUGCAAUGGCCGAAGAUGAUGGGUAUGAGACUGGAGGUAAGAAGCAAGUUCUCUUAAAGCCAAAGACCGGUACAGCUAAGGAAGCAAGAAAGUUAAGAGGUAGUGGUUCUCCCAGAGCAGAGCCUAGCGAUAGAAAGUCCGAUCGACUUGAUGACAAACAGUUAGAGAAGCUUCUCGAUGAGAUAUUUGUUGAACGAGACUCUCUGACCGACUCUGCUCUUCACCUCCUGAGGCUAGUACCUGAUGGAUACGUGCCCCUACCACAUCAAGUUGGAGGUCACAGACACAUUGACGGAAAACUAGGUUUCCUAAGACGCAUAGGCCAGCCUCAUUUACUCUACAAGCCGGUCCAGUUUGGUUCCAAAGGAGUGAGAGAGGUCUCGUUCUACGAUGCAUUGUACGGCGUCAGUACCCACCUUGGGGAUCCCUCCAUCUUCCCUAGCCUCUGCAACAGCAGCAAUAACUCUCUGCUCCAGUCCAUCCUCCCAAUGUACCAUGGACUAACCACCAUUGCUGAUAGGGCUGGACACAAAUGUGAUCAUCUGAUACUAGAGGACAUCACCCACAGGUUCACUCAUCCUUGCAUACUUGAUCUAAAGAUGGGCCAGAGGGUCUGGGACGACCACGCCCACCCCGACAAGAUAGAGAGAGAACUCAAGAAGUACCCAGCACAAGAGAGACUGGGUUUCAGAAUCACCGGAAUGAGAAUAUACAAGCCAUUCACUGAUGACUAUGUCUAUUAUGAUAGAUAUUAUGGUCGCAGUGUCACUGAAGAUACUGCUCUAUCAGCAAUCACAAAGUUCUUUGAAGUGGGUGAUGGGUCUCACCGCACUGACGUUGUCAACUGCAUCAUGGAUAAACUAACAGAGUUCAUCAAUUGGAUGGAGAAGCAGAAUACCCUUAGCCUUUUUGCCACUUCCCUCCUCAUAGUUUAUGAAGGCGGGCCCACUCCAGCUGCUGGCGAUAAGCAGCAGACUCAAGUUGAUAUCAGAUUAGUGGAUUUCGCUCACACGUACGAGAAGGAACGUGAUGAUACUCAAGACGCUAAUGCUUUGUUCGGCGUCAGAAAUUUUACCCAAUACCUCGAGCAUUUCCUAAAGACUGCAGGGCAGUAGUUUUAUUCCAGAUUUUUUGAUAAAAGAGAAGAAUUAUUAGAAGAAUUGCUAUACUGGAUAUAAUUAUUAUUACUUAUUAUUAUUAAAUUAUUAUUAUUUUGCAGAUUUUUCCUACUGUUUUACUUGUUAAAAUGCACAAUCUCUCACUGGUAGUUUAUUAAAUAAUGCUCUUUCUUCUUUUUUUUUCUAA